GUUGGGAAUGAAAUGUAUUAGCUAUUGUGAGGCCCUCCUGAUUGAACCAUGCAACCUCAGGGCGAAUCUUCACAAAUCACAGAUUUUGAGCAAUCCUCGUCUCAAGCCACGGUGGUUGAGCGGGGAAAGAAGCGAAAGAACUCAGCGGUGGUACAGGAACAGGCUACGGAUGGGUAUGAUGGGCAACAGGGGAAUACGAAGCGAGCUGCAAGGUCACCAAGCAAGAUGUACUCGUCUAAAGCGCAGGCUAUCGAGACCCAGACAACCCAACCGGCGCUUGAGUCUAGAGAACCAAUGGUGGCGGCCUCUUCUGCCAAUCUCACACUCAAUGAGGCGAUCGGGUCCAGUGAAAGUAUGGAUAAGAAGGAAGACGAGGACGACAUUAAUGACUUCGAGAGCUCUACACCCCAACGUAUGUUACGGCCACAAAGAUCUUAUGGUUCAACCAAACGCAGAACCCUGGUUACAAUACCUAUUGGUAACAGCGGUGUCGGUGAAGCAAGUGACAGAGGCAAAGGAAGAGGAAGCGGAAGAAGAACAUCUCGGUCAAAAAUAUAAGGAAGAAAGGCGGCUGGAGACGAUUCGCAUAGGCUAUUCAUUGCGAGCUAUUCCACAGGACCCAAUCCACAUCGGUCUCAUUCACACAUUUGCUG